GGCAUCAGUCUGCCGCCGUGUCGUCGCGCUCGCAUCAACACGCACGUGUCGUCAAUCAACAAAAAACAAUAUAUCAUCGGGUUUUUUUUUGUUUGUCCGUCCUCCCUCUUCUUGAAGAAGGCGGGGCGAAGAAAAAAAAGAGCAAGCAGCACCAAACAACAACAACAACCAAUCGAUCGGUCGUCGCCGUCGCGUCCUCGUGCAGAAAUUCAUUUUUAUUUUAAAGAAUUGAGAAACGAGUAACGACAUAUAUUCAUUCCACCGCCGCUCGCAGCUGCUUUUCUCGUGUGGUUAUGUCGAGACGACAACGACGGCGGUGCACGUCCGUAUAACAAUUAUUUCACAGUCUCGUCGCGAUUCGAAAUAAAUUGGAAUUGUGGAAACAGUAUAUCGUUGUAUAUAAUGAAUCGAAAUGUUGAGCGGGUCGGUGUUGGGGUUGGAGCUUUCCACAAUCCACCGAGAGCAAAAUAUAGCGAAGAAACGCGAGAUCUUAUUAAACUUCUUAUGGAGGAAUCAAAAUUAUCUAUGAUGCAAAGGAAAUCUAUACAAAGAGCCGUCGAUCGUGGUGACUCGCUGCCGCCGCCUGCUCCAAGUUCAUCGUCAUUUCCUUCGAGAAGCAGACAACGAACACCGGAUCCGAAAGAAAGUACACAAGUUACGUUUCCCUGUUAUUGGAAAAAACGAUCGCAGAACACGAUUGCGAAUAGCGGUGCUUAUGAUAGAGAACAAUACAGGAGAACCUCGCCUUUGCCUGACAAAGAAAGACAGAAACGUCAUCUCGCGUGCAUUAUGGCAUAUGGAAGAGACAUGCCACCAACGUCCCGCGGACCAAAAAUUGUCCACGAAAAACAAAACGAGGCUGCUGCUGAUACGUCCAAUGAUCCGCUUGAUCAUCUGAUUCGAGGUAUUCGAGAGAGAAUAGAAUUUCUAAGUGACAUGGAAAAUUUGGGCCAAGGUAAAAAGUAUCGGCCAACAAUUCAUCAGGAAAUAGCCCAGAAAAUUCGUGCGAUCGAGUCGAUAGACUCGAAUCAUAAAUCGAAUGAAAUUAUCGAGGAGUUGAAGAAUUAUAAAUAUCAAUUACCCCCACCAAAACCAUUUCCCAUGGGGGAACUCGAGGAUUCUUAACAAAAUAUCGGUGUAUUAUAGUCGCAUUUUUAAAAUAAAUUAUCAUCAUCUCAUA